AUGUCGCUGCCGCCGGGUUUCCGGUUCAACCCAACGGACGAAGAGCUCAUCUUCUACUACCUCCGCAACCGCGCCGCCUCGGAGCAGUGCCCCGCCCCCGUCAUGGCCGACGUCGACGUCUACAAAUUCAAUCCAUGGGACCUUCCAUACAUUGCAGCCCAGGCGGUGUACGGCGACAGCGAGUGGUACUUCUUCAGCCCGCGGGAUCGCAAGUACCCGAACGGCACGCGGCCCAACCGCGCCGCCGGGUCCGGCUACUGGAAGUCCACCGGCACCGACAAGCCCAUCCACGACGGCGCCGUCGGGAAAGUUGUCGGCGUCAAGAAGGCGCUCAUCUUCUACGAGGGCCGCGCGCCCAGGGGCACCAAGACCGGCUGGAUCAUGCACGAGUACCGCAUCGCCGCCGACCCCCUCGACGCCACCCUUAACAAGCCCGUCAAUGUCCGCAACGUCUCCAUGAGGUUGGAUGACUGGGUGUUGUGCCGGAUCUACAAGAAGGCCGGCCAGGCAUCGCCGAUGGUACCGCUGCUUACGCUCGAUGUCGACGACUACGGCCACGACGACCUCUCCGGUGGUGGCGGCUUCGACGACGCCCUCUCCGGUGGUGGCGGCUUCGACGACGCCCCUGGUUUCUUCCCACCCUCCAGCGGCAGCAGUGCCAUGAUCACGCAGAACCAGCAGCCGCAGACCGACAGCACCAACACCGCUGGGAGGCUCCCAACGAUACCGUUCAUCUCCGACCUAUUCCUACCCUUCAGUAGCAGCAGUGCCAUGAUCACGCAGAACCAGCAGCCGCAGACCGGCAGCGCCAACGUCGCUGGGAGGCUCCCCAUGAUCCCAUUCAUCUCCGACCUCUUCCACGAAUACCCUGUUGCGCAGAUCUUCGAUGGCGAGGCCGAGCACCUCGCCAUCCACCCAUCCCUGAACCAGCAGUUCUUCUCCGGCGGCCACAGCACGCGGGUGCAACCGUCGUACUACGCGCCAUCAUCGUGGUCGUCGUCCCCGGCCACCAGUGGAGGAGCGGGAAAACGCAAGGCAGCGAGCACGGAAGAGUGUGGCGGCGCCGGAGCGGGAUCGUUGUUGGACGGCCACGAGCACUUGUCCAAGAGCCUCAACGGGUCAUGCUCGGCUUCUGUUCUAAGUGAGAUUACAACUGAGAUUUUUAAUGGUUAGAUUUGCUCUUGGUAAUUCAUGCUAGUUAUGAGUUAGGCACACAACUAAAAUUUGAUAACGCCAUAUGAGAAUUAAGUUAAUUA